UUUUGUCAUCACCUUAAAGUCAAAAUGUCCCGGCUGUAUAACAGCCUAGCUUCUUUCUCAUAACCAAUCGAGAGCAAAUAUUGUAAAAGAUAUUGAUAAACUUUUUCAGGAUACAAAUUUAUCUUUCUCCAUACUUUUUUUUUGUUUGUUUUUUUCCCCCCUUCACUUGAAACUGAAGAGGACGCUUCAUCUGGAAACUUCUGCAUAAGGUCAUCUUAAAGUUAAGAGAAGGUCUACAUUGAAGGUGGCAGCCAUGGUGUUGAUUUUGGGCAGAAGGAUGAACAGGGAGGACUCUGGGAUCAGAGACUCACCAGCUGUUAAACGCAAGGUGUUUGAGGUUGACUCCAAAACUUUAUCCAGCCAGGAUGUCUUGGACUUCUGUUCUGGCUCAUCCCACUCAGAGGGAAUCCUGCAGGUGUUCAAUGAGUUUCGUGACUGCCGCCUCUUCACUGAUGUGGUCAUCAGUGUGCAGGGCCGCGAGUUCCCCUGCCAUCGCGCUGUGCUCUCUGCAUGCUCUUCCUAUUUCAGAGCCAUGUUCUGCAACGAUCACCGCGAGAGCCGUGAGAUGCUGGUGGAGAUCAAUGGCAUCCUGGCUGAGGCGAUGGACUCCUUCCUCACCUAUGUUUACACCGGCCGCGCCAAGAUCACCACCGAGAAUGUCCAGUUCCUCUUUGAGACCUCCAGCCUCUUCCAGAUCACCACACUGCGUGACGCCUGUGCAAAGUUCCUGGAGGACCAGCUGGACCCAUGCAACUGCCUGGGCAUCCAGCGAUUCGCAGAUGCCCAUGCCCUGAAGCAGCUCGCCAGCCGCUGCCGCAGUUACGCCCUGGCCAACUUCUCAGAGGUGGCUCAGCAUGAGGAGUUCCUCGACCUGCGUAGAGAGGAGCUGGAAGAGUACAUUGGCAGUGAUGAGCUGUCCAUCGGCAAGGAGGAGGUGGUGUUUGAGGCGGUGAUGAGAUGGGUGUACCAUAUCAUGGAGCACAGGAAGCCCAUGCUGAAGGCCCUGCUGCACCAUGUGCGCCUGCCUCUUCUGCACCCCAACUACUUUGUCCAGACAGUGGAGGGAGACCAGCUCAUCCAGAAUGCUCCAGAGUGCUACCAGCUUCUCCACGAGGCCAGGCGCUACCACGUACUAGGAAAUGAAAUGAUGUCACCCAGAACUCGUCCACGCAGGUCAACUGGCUACUCUGAGGUGAUUGUGGUGGUCGGUGGCUGUGAGAGGGUUGGGGGCUUCAACUUGCCCUACACUGAAUGCUAUGAUCCAGUCACAGGAGAGUGGAAGUCACUAGCCAAACUGCCUGAGUUCACCAAGUCAGAGUAUGCCGUCUGUGCCCUCCGCAAUGACAUUCUGGUGUCAGGUGGUCGCAUCAACAGCAGGGAUGUGUGGAUGUAUAACUCACAGCUCAACCUGUGGAUCAGAGUGGCUUCUCUUAACAAAGGCCGCUGGAGACACAAGAUGGGUGUCUUACUGGGCAAGGUCUAUGCUGUGGGUGGCUAUGAUGGCCAGAGCCGCCUGAGCAGUGUGGAGUGUUACGACUCCUUCUCUAACCGCUGGACAGAGGUGGCUCCAAUGAAAGAGGCGGUCAGCUCUCCCGCCGUGGCCAGCUGUGCCGGCAAGCUCUUUGUCAUUGGGGGAGGACCGGAUGACGAAACUUGUUCAGACAAGGUUCAGUGCUAUGAUCCAGAGACAAAUUCUUGGUUACUGCGAGCCAACAUCCCCAUCGCCAAGCGCUGUAUCACAGCAGUGUCCCUCAACAACCUGAUCUAUGUGUGCGGUGGUCUCACCAAGUCCAUAUUCUGCUAUGACCCCGCAGAGGACUACUGGAUACACGUGGUUCACACCUUUAACAAACAGGAGAGCUGUGGCAUGUCGGUGUGCAACGGUAAGAUCUUCAUACUUGGUGGCAGAGGGGAAAAUGGCGAAGCCACAGACACCAUCCUGUGUUACGACCCAGCAACAGGCAUCAUCACAGGAGUGGCAGCCAUGCCGCGGCCAAUUUCCUACCACGGAUGUGUGACCAUCCACCGUUACAAUGACAAGUAUCACAGGCCGUGACCAUAAACAAACACACAGACAGACACACACACACACACUCACAUGAGAACACAAACUAAAGAACUUCAACUCUUUCAAACUUAAGCUCUUCACAUUCACCCCAUGUACAGCACAAACACAAUCACACACUGCUUUAAAACAGGCACAUUUAAUCAUACGAUUCUGUUGAUCUAAUUUAUUUUCUCACAGCAUCAUGUAGCAAUAGUCACUGUGGUGCUGUGAAUCUUUUGCCGUUGUGUAUCAUACUUAUGGCCCUUCUCUGGGAAUGCUUAGUGUUUGAUAAUGCUAAUGACUUGUCUACAACUUGAGAUAAAGUGGAGUCAGGUCGACAUGGCAUAUUUGUUAGUAGUAACUGCACAAGGUUGGGGAGCAUUGGAUCAACAUAUAUAUUUAACACAAUUAAAGAAUGUGAUUAUGAUAAUGGCUACCAAUCAGGUUUCAGAUAAUCGAUGAAAACAUGAUUACUUGUCUAAUUGAAAUCUCACUUGAGAGAUUAGUUCACAACCUGUGUAGUAAGAUAUUAUAAACUCAAGGUUCAUGUAUUUUUCGCAGAGCUUUUAACCAUAUCCCAUCAUGUGAUCUAAGUACAGUACAUAGGUCUUGUGAUUACACCUGAGCUUCGAUCUGCCGAAGAAGGCCAUGGUAUAUGGUCCUUUCUCAAUGAAAAGUUAAGUAAGUAAAUGUUAGUUCAGACUGUUUUCCCACAUGAAAUGUAACAUUUUUUCACAUUUUCAAAGAAAAUAAAUUAUGCCUAAUGUUGAGGAUGAUCAUCUUCUAUUCCGCUGAACACUUUAGUUUCUGACACUAAAUGUUUUGUUUACAUCACUGCACUACUUUUAUGGAUUUAAUACUAACUCAAACAGCUAAAUAGCCAAUAACAUUGUUGAGCUUGAUUUUACUGUGAUAUGAAGCAGGUAAUAGAUAAGCAGGGAAUCAGUAAGUGAACCUCCCAACAAUGUGCUUUUAUUACUGUGCAAAGUGACCUCUCCCUGAGAUCUAGGUUGCUGUCGUGGUAAAGUGAUCACAGAUAGCUCUGAUGAACAAAAAUAAUGCCUUGAGGCAACAAUUGAAAAGUAUCCGUACAAAUCCAAGAGAGAUCUGCCAGCAGAAGAAAAAUUAUAGGACUCUAUUUGUGACUGAAAGAUGAGCAGCCAGGUCUGAGCUCUGACCUUGUACCCACAAAGCACGUAUGUAGAUUCAGUACUGUACAGCACAGCACUGGUAAAGAAUAGAAAAAAAUACUGUCCUCUGUUUUUUUUUUUAGCUCUUUUCUUGACUAAAAGUGACCUGAUAACAACGUGGUAAACAGUCAGCCAGCUGCUCUUCCACAGUAUCAGUGGUCAUAAAUGUAAGUUGCCCUCACCCAUGGUUAAGAGAGGAUAUAAAGAGCGGAGGCUGUACCAUGAUAUUGGAACGUAGCCACUGUUAGCACUGCCCUAAUUUCUUUUUAUCUCACGUAUCAUCUAGUUUCACUUCCAGUGCGUGUUUCCUUUUUUCCUGCUCCAGCUGUGCCAUUCCCUCACAUUUUCUGAUCUACAUUGAUAUCCCCUUUUAAGCUUUAUUUUGCUUUAUUUUUUUUAUAAUUAUGCUUAUUACACUCAUAACUUACAUUUUCUUUUUGUUCUUUUUUUAAGUUAUAUGUGUUUGUCCUUUUUUUUUAUAAUUGGAUGUUUAUUGUAUUAUCUGUAGCUUUAGUGUCUAUUUCAUAUCAAUGGUAGUUCAUUGGUGUACUGGGCUUGCGGGUGGUUUUGUAGAUGUGAGAAGCCUUUGUAGAUCAAACUCGAAGACUGCUCUGAAUACGUGGCGUGCAUGUUUGGUGUGUAUGUAUAUAUGUGACUUUUAUGACUCGGUCUGGAUGUGCUGGAGCCAUGGAGGUUUGUCAUGGAGUUCUAGUGUAAGCAUUAGACGUCUGCUAACCUCUGUUAACAGAACUCUCCACACUGAUGCUGGCACCUCUCACCUGUGUGCUUACAUGUAAAGAUGUAACUCGGGGUAACCAUAGAUACCUCCAGGUGUGCAUGUGUUUACUUGUGUUUACUGGUCAGCUAAGGUGACAUGUGUAGCAGUGCCAUACCUCGCAGAGGGGGGGGGGGAGUUAAGAGUUCUCUAUGACAAGGAUUUUGGCUGGAGUGGCUCAUGGUCAGUAAAAGUCACCUUUAAUUACAAUUGGUGUUGAUAGACUAGAGAUAUUGCUGUGAAUACAACUUUAAUAUUUUUUUGUUUUGUUUUCUGUUGUUUAACCUGUAUUUAAAUGUAUCUCUUUCUUGGUUACAUAUUGUAUUUUUCUUUAACUGAGAGCCCCAAUUGUGCACUUUGACAGAAUCCUGUUAAAUAUAGAAUUAUAUGACAAUGAUUUCCUUUUUUUUUACUGUAUCAGUAAAUUUUCUUUGCUUUCAUGUGACGUAUGUAAGAAACGGUAAAAGGGUCUGCCAGCUCCUCCUAUUGACCGCUACCUGCUAUGUCUCCCAUAUAAACAGAAUAACAAAAACAACAGAGAUUGCUGCAAGAGAACAAUGCCAAGAGUGAGUAAGAGGGUUUUGACUUUUCAUUUUACGGUGACAAAUACGGGAUGUGCUUCCGUCUGUCAGUCACAAAGACAAAAACAGGUGCAGGUAUUUCAGUUUAAACCAUCCUCCAGGCAUUUUCUGAGAAGGAGAAGUUCAGUGUCAGGUCUUCAACAGUAGUGCAGGCUGAAAAUGUCCUCAGGCCCAACCUCACUCCACACUCUUUUGCAGAGUGACAUAUUUCGGGUAACUCAGGAGGCCAACAAGAGGAGGCUGAGAGGCAAGAAAGUGGUUAGGCAAGAGAGUGGGAGUUAGAUAAAUAGUGAGAGAGAGAGAAUUUGAGUGUGUGUGCGUCUGUGAUUUCACUGGGUAUUUACACAGAAUGGGACACAAACACAGCCCUGUCAUGUUGAUUUGUUGAUUUUUCAUUAUUCGCUGUGUAGAGGCUUUCAUACAUUGCUUUUGAUAAGAUUAUUCAUUGUUUUUAUGUUAGAUUUUUUUUUCUCUUUUGCUUGUUGUGGUGAGUUGUGGGACUGUGUGUUGCUGAGAUAUUUUGACUACCACACGCAAACAGCGUACCUUAAAUAAAACUCUGAAGAGCUGAGCAUUAACAGUUGAUUGAUGGGUUUUACUAUAAAUGCAGAUAUAAGCCAAAGUGGAUUUGAUUGCAGAGGUGACUUUGUUGAAACAUGUCAAUGGAUAAAUUGUGCUUGCAUGGAAGAUGGUGGCUUUAACCUGUUAAUUGCAGAAUGCUGCCCUGUAUGCCUUAGUAAAAAAAUAACAACUGGGGGGAUUAAAUUGGAUAAUUUUGAUAUAAACGUUUAUGGUAUGUAUGAUGUGAUAUUUUAACACCACUUUCUCCUCAGAUGCUCUUUAUCUAACUGCAAGAAAGCUUUGGAUUUUUGUAAACUGCAGUAUGUUGAAAUGUAAUGGUUGACUUGUGUAAGAGAAACAUCAAUAAAGUUUUUCGUUCUGUACCAA